UGAGAAGGACCACGACCACGACACAACUUCGAAUACAACUACUAGUUGUAAUCCAGCUCAAAACGAGGACCACGACGAGGUGCUGCCCGCCUCAACAUCGAAGCCGCUUCUAUCGGAUCGCGGGUUGUCCACCGACGCUUUUUGGUUUUACCUGCAUAACGAGUUUGAUCACACUGACAAGUCGUUCUACAUUUUGGUUCGGGCGUUGUGGUUACGUCACAACCCUUUUCGACCUCAGCGUCUUCAGUCCUCACACCCUUUGCUUGACGGCGCGAAAAUCCAUUGGUCCACCAAAUUUCCAGACCGAGGAGUCGUUCGGUACAAGGUUGCCGAAUUUACUAGAAGGGCUGUGAAAAUGGAAAAGCCGCGUAGUACGAACACGGCCACGACUAAAAUUAUGGUCAGCUUUUCUCCAUCAUUCUCGGCAUCUUGGUCCCCGUCCCCUUUUCACUUGUAUUCUCGUGAAAUACAACAGGGUAAAAGGAAUCAAGAUGAGGGGGCUGAGAUGCAACCUAGCCGACUCUAAUGAAAAUGCUGAAGGUGUUGAAAUAGAAGACGAGAAGAUGUUUUCGAUUCCCUUUGUCCUUCCUGGUGAUUACGCAACUACAACCUCUGGUACUGGUUCAUCAUCAACAUCUCCUUCAUUCAAUGUCGAUGCUGUAGUGGAGGACCUUUUGGCAAGUGGAACCGUACUCAUGCGAGGACCACACGGACGUGAACCUGAACAAGAAAAAAGUCAAAUGACUACUGGUGGACGUGGACGAGGGAAGCAGAAAAGUAGCAAGCAUGCCUAUGACCCGCAGAAAACUCCAUUUUUGCACAGGUACUGGCAGAGACUGGCUGCUAUCAUGAAGAUAAAGAUGUUAGAGAAACGCAAACGGUCGUUAGUACGGGAAGAACAAGAAC